AUGGCAACCAACGAACACGGUCAAGUUGAAUCCGAGCCAAACCCGAACCAGAACCAAACUCCAACCCCCUCUCCACUCCUCGAAGACUCCGACGAACUGAAAAAAGUCUUCAACGGUUUCGACGCCAACGGCGACGGCAAGAUCUCCGCCAACGAGCUCGAAACCGUUCUCCGAACACUCAGAUCCGACGUACCACAGGAGGAAGAACUCCGUCGCGUGAUGGAAGAUCUAAGCACCGACCACCACGGUUCCAUCAACCUAUCUGAAUUCUCCGCGGUCUGCCGCUCCGAGACUCCUGACGGCGGUGGCGGUUCAGCGCUUCGCGAUGCUUUCGAUCUGUACGAUCGCGACAAAAACGGACUUAUUUCGACUGAGGAGCUCCAUCUGGCGCUGGACCGCCUCGGAAUGAAGUGCUCCGUCGAGGAGUGCAGGGAGAUGAUCAAUUACGUUGAUUCUGACGGCGACGGUAGUGUUGACUUCGAUGAGUUCAAGCAGAUGAUGACAGCGAAGAGCCGUGCCGUUAACGACUCUGUCAAAUAG